GAUUUUUACGCCCUUGGAGCAGCGCGUAUUUCUCAGGGCUCCAUCUUUUGCGCUUUCUCGUUGCGAGGCUAAAGCAGCUGCGGGUUCCGGGGGCUAGGAACGGGCAGCAGACCGGGGGUGGGAAGGGAGGGACCCUCGAUCCGUUCCUCGUGGUCGUGAUGGGGACAAGGGCCCAGAGAAACCCUUGACCAACAGAUAAUACCUACCGAGGACACACACACGCAGAGUUACGGACAGGACGGACAGCACAGUGGGAACAGCGGACAGCAAGAGGCUGCUGUUGGGUCUCCAACACUGGAACACACACAUUUGCGGAAAAGGUAGUGUCCAAGCUUUUCUUCCCGAGCCCAGAUCGACGACUCGCCGCGAACUGCCGCUGGCUUAUACAUCACGCCAGCACUUUGUUAUUACAUCGCGAUACGAGCACGGAGUACAGAACUGGCAGUACUACUAUCAUCAAACGGUUGUUCUCCCCCCUCCUCGGCUGGGAAAUACCGUCGCUUCGAUGGCGGGUCUCCAGAUUUGGCGCCAUGUCCCGGGAAAGGUGCUGCUGUUCCUAAUCAACGUGGUCGCGGCCACGGCCCUGAUCUUCGAAGGCUAUAAUCAGGGUGUCCUUGGGACCGUUAGCGCGACGCCAGGCUUCAUCAAGAUGGCAGAUAUCGGCCAUGAUGGGGUCGUAACCAACACCACUAAACAAGGCGGGCUUGCCGCAGCUUAUUACUUUGGGGGCAUGUGGGGAUGCUUCAUCGGAGGAUGGGUUGGCGAUAGAAUCGGCCGCAAGGGGGGCGUCCUCAUCGGCACCGCCUUUGGCAUCCUCGGCGCGGGCCUCAUGGCCGGCAGCACAAACGCCAGCAUGUUCAUUUGCGCGCGUGUCAUUGCCGGCAUCGGCAUUGGCUUCAUGAACGCAAUCAUCCUGCCGUGGGUCAGCGAGCUGUCCCAGUCGCACGAUCGCGGCUCCAGCUUCUCCCUGGUCUUUGUCGCAAACUACCUCGGCAUCGUCAUCGCCUACUGGAUCAAUUUCGGCAUCCGCGACUCCAACGUCGAGUUCCGCUGGCGCUUCCCUCUGGCAUGGAUGAUUAUCCCCCUCCUGGUCGUCGACGUGGCCGUGCCGCUGCUGCCCGAGUCUCCUAGAUGGCUCAUCGCCAACGGCCGCCGUCAAGAAGCCAUUGACAUCCUCUGCAAGGUCAGAGGCGACCUGACCCCCAACGACCCCAUCAUCACCACCGAAGUCGAGCUCCUCGACGCCAUCGUCGAGGCAAACCACCACAAGCGCAACGACCUCGCCAACAUUGUCCUCGGCGGCCGCUUCUCCGGCAAGCUGCACCUCGGCCGCCGCGCCGUCCUCGGCUUCGCCCUGCAAUGGAUCCAGCAGUGGACCGGCAUCCUCGCCAUCGUCGGCUGGGCCGGCGUCCUCUUUGAGCUCGCCGGCUUCGACUCCUACAAGGCCCUCUGGCUCGCCGGCCUGGCCAACACCUUUGGCGUCCCCGGAACGGCCGCCGCGGCCUUUGUCAUUGACCGCAUGGGACGCGUCAAGUCGUUGAUCACCUCCUUCAUCAUUCAGGGAAUCUGCCUCUUUUUGGUGGCCGCUUUGAUCAAGACUUCGCAGGACAAUGCCAUUUCCGAUCCGGAGCUGUCGAAACGCCUCGGAACCGCUGCGGCGAGUUUCGUAUUCAUCUAUGUCUGGUUCUUCACCAUGUUCAACAUCAUCCCCUGCUGGAUCUACGGCACAGAAAUCUGGCCCCAGGAAGUCCGCGCAAAGGGCUACAGCUUCACCAUCUUCGGCUGGGCCACCGGCUGCGGCUCCACCACCCUCAUCAUGCCCAUCUUCCUCAGCAGAAUCGGCUACGGCACCUAUCUCUUCUUCGGCGCCAUGAACGUCGUCGUCGCCCCCUUGGUCUGGUUCUUCUUCCCCGAGCUGGCCAACCGCACUCUCGAGGAGAUUUCGCUCCUCUUCACGAGCGACAGCCUGCUGGCCAGCGAGAACAUGAAGGAGUACAACCGUCGCGUGGACGAGGCCGGGGGCAACAUUGCCGUGGCGGCCAGGCAGCUCCUGGACGAGGUGGACGGCAAGGACGCGGAGAGCGGUACGGAAAUCGGAAGCCCUGAUGAGAAGAGAGUCGAGGUCAACCACGAAGUUACCAUGUGA